GCGGGAAUAUAAAAAAAUAAUUUCAACAGAAACAGUUAAAAGCUGAAAAGUGAAAUAAUAAAAAAAUUUGAAAAAAAAAUAAAUAUAAAAAAAAAUAAAAGAAUUAAAUAAAAAAAUCAAUUCAAUUGUGUUGAUGAAAGUGCGCACGUCAUUCAGCGACUCGUCUGCGUGCAAGUGGUGUAGUGUGCGUUGCAUAUCCACAGGCGCAUAAAUUUUCAUGCUAGUGUACUUGAGUAUAUAAAGCGCCAUAAUUGUGUCAGUGUCAUACGCAACAAUGGAAGCAACAACGGCCGACCGUUAUUGUGAUAUAUGAGCACGGCAACGAGAAAAUCCCAUUGCCAUCUGCGGCACCACACCAUCCAUUGACAGCAUCAUCCCGUCAUCAUCAUCAUCGUUAAUAUAUGCGUGUAUGUGUGGCGGCGUUGCGCGCUUCUUCUUUAUUACUGUAGGUCGUGCUGCUGCCGCAACUACUUAAGUUGCAGCAAAUAAAUGUGAGCGCUCCGCCGUUAUUUUUGCCGCUCUUUGUUACUUUCCAUUGCUUGCACAUCUUCAAAGUCAUCGCCGACAUCUUGAGCAAUAUUCGCAUCAUUCGCGCACACGAGCGUGUGACAAGAAGGCGCGCAGCAAAAGCUUUGUUGGCAACAUUAGUGUGCUAGUGGUGGAACGUUAGAACGCGCCGCGCUGUGCACAUGCUACAACGCACACCCACAUCGGGACUGCGGCGCGUGUGUAGCCGUGCAAAUUUCGCACGGCGUAGUCAAAGCGCGAGCAUUGUGCUUUUUUUGCGUACAUUUCUCGCGAAAGUAGUGCCUCAUGCCUCAUGGUUCGUUGCCACACUGCUCAUCGUGCUACAUGGCAAGGUCGUUUGCGCAGCAGUAACACACACGCUGUAAUUGAGAUUGUCAGCUGCUGGUGCGCUCCGUGUGGCGCGGUAGACCGCAAGCGUUUAAUCACCAUUUGAUGAACUGGUGCUGGCUCUGAUUUUUAAAAGUACCGUUGAGGAAUUUGUGAAUGGGCUUGGAUAAAUAACUGAAAAGCACCGCGAGACUAGCAAGGAGCUAUACACGAGCGAAUGCUGUAAUGAAUACAUAAAAAAGUACGAACAUCCUUCAAGAAUUUCAAAGGCCAACAAAGAAGGAAAGUUUUUCUUAACAAAUGGGUGCUAUGCACACGCAAGUGGCGGAAAUUAGAGCUAGAAAAACAAGUUAAUUAGCGAGGCUAAGGGCAGCGGAGAUAUGCACCGAGGAGAAUAUGCACACAGAGUUGUUAAUUGAAUAGCAUUGCGUCAAACGAGCAAAAGCGUAAGAAAGUUAAGUGCGAAAAUAAAAAGAAGACUCUGAGACAAAUCAACAGCCGAACUGCAGACCGGCUAUAAAAGCAGAAGCAAAAUUAGUUUGAAUUAAGCGAAACACAGCGUAGACGGACUCCAAGGUGCUUCCGAUUUCGCCUGCCGGUCAUUUGCUAUGUUGUAUGCCGCGCUGCAGCCGAAUCGCUUCAUUAGAGCGUGGUGAGUGCUGCGCGAGGCAAAAGUGCAGACUGCGAACUGCGAGCUGAAACUGCAAAUUGAACGCAAAGUCAGCACCAACUAAAAGCACCACGAUAACUGUAUAUAUAUAUACAUAUACACAUAUGUAUGUAAGCAAAUGCACUUAGAGAUACACGUUCGUGAAUUCGUAUCGCUUCCAAGUUGUGUACAAGUUUCGACGCUGUAAAUUAAAUUGCAACUUCCGAAGGCUGUAAGCCGAAAGCGGAAAGUGAAAAUAAAACGGAAAAACAGAAUAAUGUUCGACGCAGGUAUAGUGAGUGUGCAGGAAUAAAAAUUCGAAAUAAAAGUCGAGCAAAGUGUACGCUGCAAUAAUAACAACAACAACAACAAAACAACGCACAAUGGAUUUGCUAAAAGUGCAACGAGCAACGCCAUUAUCGGUGGCGACGCUACGCCGUAACCAUACUAAAAGUGUCACAACAACAAAAACAACAACAAUAGUGCCAGCAUACGCUACAACUACGGCCGGGAGUACUUGCACAAACGCGGCUCCAAGCAGAUGCAGUUCAAUGCCGUUGACAUGUAAAGCUGCGUUGCGAACGUUAUCUACAACAACAACAACUGUAGCGCCAACAACCCGCAUCGGCAGCAGCAGCGGCGACAACAACUGCGCCAGCAAGGAAAGCGCUGCCACGUCGGAGCAGGCGCUGCCGCGUCUGUUGGCGGCUUCAAGCUGGGGCGGCUGGCGCCACUGCAUCGUUGGCCUUGUGACGUUGCUGGUGUUCACAGCGAAUUUCAACAGCAGCGUCGGCCAAAUCGAUUGGGAUGAUGACGAUGAUCCAGUAUCCUUUGGCCUCGUAGAAGCCGUGCUGGGACGCACCGCAACGCUGCCAUGUGACAUUGAGCCGGAAGCGAAGGAUGACAGAGUUUAUAUGGUAUUGUGGUUUCGUGAGAGCGCGGGCAAACCACUUUACAGUUUCGAUGUCCGGGGGAGAGCGUUCGAAAAGGCGUUGUACUGGUCGGACACCAACUCGUUUGGACCUCGCGCUUACUUCAUAACGAAUCAACAACCUGCAAAAUUGACGGUCGAGAAUGUUCAGUUGGAUGAUGAAGGCGUAUACAGGUGUCGCGUCGAUUUCCAGAACUCCCCCACGCGCAACCAUAGGAUUAAUUUCACGGUUAUUGUUCCUCCACAUCAAAUUAUGGUUUACGAUGCCUCUGGACGUGAUGUCGCCGGUGCUGUGGGCCCGCUGCUCGAGGGCGACAACAUUGUGUUGACAUGUGAAGUGCGCGGCGGUCGACCAGACCCUAAAGUCAACUGGUUCAAUGGCACGCAAAAACUGAAUGUAGGCGAUGGAAUUUCGAUGGGCCGCCAUAUAACUACAAAUCGUUUCGAGGUGCUAAAUAUUCCACGUUCAGCUCUCAACACUACCUACCGAUGCCGUGCUUACAAUACGAAGUUGGUUCCGCCAAUCGAGCGCAGCAUACGUAUCGAGAUGCUACUAAGUCCAACAUCUGUAAAUCUCACAAAUAAGCUGAAAGUUUUCUCUUCCGGCACUCAAUAUAAUUUGACUUGUGUCGUCGCCGGUUCAGUGCCAGACACUGAGAUACGCUGGACGCAGAAUAACAGGCCUUUCAAGCGAGGAACGCUAACAACGACACAAAGCAACGGCAGAGUCUUCUCCACGCUAUCCUUCCAUCCACAACCCGAAGACGACGGCACAUUGCUGAAGUGUGCAGGCUCCAAUCCGCGGUUGCCCAUCUCCGCAAUGGAGGAUUCCAUUUCGCUAAAUGUGAUAUAUCCACCACAAGUGACACUAUCACUGGGCUCAACACUCAAACCGGACGAAAUUAAGGAAGGCGAUGAUGUUUACUUCGAGUGCCACAUAAAAGCUAAUCCGAAGGAGCAUCGUAUCACAUGGUCACAUGAUGGCAUCCCGGUCACCCAGAACGUAUCGUGGGGCAUCAUCAUAUCCACACGUUCACUGGUAUUGCAGCGCGUUGCACGCGUCCACGCCGGCUUCUACGCUUGUGCGGCGGCCAACGACCGCGGCGAGACGCAGAGCUCGCUGGUGAAUUUGCGUAUACGCUAUGCUCCUGUUUGCAGCACGAACACAAUGAUUGUCAUUGGCGCCUCGCUUGAGGAGGCGGUGCCGAUACCAUGCCGCGUUAACUCCGAUCCGCCGGAAAUUGAUUUCGAGUGGACUUUUUCGACAAGCGGUGAGCACUUUGAAGUACCAUCGGGCCAUUAUGCAACGAUACAAGAGGCCACAACAACCGGCGAUGUGCACCGCACAAUAAUCGAAACAAAUGAUACACAUUUCGAAACUUACGUAGAAACUGUAAGCGAAUUAAUAUACACACCGAAGGGCGAACGGGACUAUGGAACAUUGGCAUGCUGGGGUCAAAAUUCAAUUGGCAAACAAACGGAGCCUUGUCUAUUCCAAGUCGUGCCAGCAGCCAAGCCGGGAGCAUUGCGUAACUGUACUCUGCGUCCAUAUGUGGUGACCUCUGCCUCGCUAAAUUCAUCGAACCAGACAACAAUGCAUAGCAAUCAGAUGAUGCCAGCACAAUAUGGACGACAGGAAUCAAAUUUUCCGCAUACGGAGUAUGUACGUGAGCGACAUAAUAACAAUGGCAACAAUAACAACAAUAACAACAGCGCCAGCAACAAUGGUAAUAAAAUUCACAAUGGAAAUGGCAACAGCAAGGCAAUCAGCAGCAGCAGCAAAGGCAAUAAUAAAAUCAACAAUGUUGUUAAUAAGCAGCCGCAGGAGAUGAGGAAAAAAGCUGCAACCUCAUUUGCGGAGCAAAAGCAAAAGAAAUUGCAAUACCAACCGGCACGGCGCCUGCAACCCAGCGAACAGCAGCAAUUACAACACCUGAAGAAACGAACAUCUUUCACACCAUCUCAAACGCUGGCGGCACUCAAACGGCAGCAACAACAGCAACACGAACAGCACAAGAAGACAGGAAGCGGCGCCAAAGCCGACGCCGGGAAUGUCGAGGCAAUUGGCUAUGGCAAAAAGCCGUUAUCAAGUGCAACGCGCAGCUCCGCAGCCGAUGAGAGCACCGGAACACGACACACAGGCGUAGCCGCGGCAGCUGGUGGCUCCAAUGCCGCAGGCAACCUGGCAACAAUGGUGUAUAUCAAUAACAAAACUGAUGGAUUGCCCACGAAGACACGAACGGACAACAAACAUCGGUUGAAACGUGCCGCUGACGAGCAUGCAACAACAGCAACGGCAACGGCAACAUUUACACAAUACAAAAACAACGAGGCUUCUAAGUACAAACUAAAGAAGAAGGCAUACCAGCUGGCGCUGGCGACAAAGGAACUGCGGCAGCAGCAGUCGAGAAAGCGAACAUCAAAGCAGACGCAGAAGAAGAUAAAUGCGAGCAAAAGGCAAAAAUCAAAUUUAUCAUUGCCAAGAGUUGCUGCUGGCGCGGCAGCUGCCAUCAACAACGGCAGCAAUGCACCGACGAACAGCAGCAGUAAACAAACUCCUGCAACAAAAUACUACAAUUGGCGGCGAAAAAACACGCAUAAACGUGAGAUCUCACAAGAGAUGAGCGAAGUAAUCCAUCAUUUAAGGCUAGCAACAGCAGCAACUGCCACUGCAACAGAUACGUCACAGAAAGCGGAAAAGGAAGCAACCAGGGCAAAAGCACAAACCCAGCGACUAGCAAAAAGAGAAAUCGCAACUGCAGCGCCCAGCGAAUUAACGCAACAUCCAACAUACGUGGACGAGACAAGUGGGGAUUUAGCUGCCGUAAUAGCUUCUGGUACAGCUGCUACUACACACAAAGGCUGCAGCAGCACCUUUCACUUGCCAGCCGACAAUUCCAUUAACUCAACGCCAAACCGGCAACAACACACUGACGGCGGCACUGCAGCUAAUGAAUCCGCUGCGAUCGGUGCAAACUCAUUCGAUAAGGUGCGCAUACGCAAAUCUUUGACAGCCAAAAACGUUGGUUCCGUCGUCUCGGACGUUGGCGGGGAGGUGGGCAGUGCGGCUGCCGCCAACGACCGUCACUUUUUGCAACACAAUAAAGCCAGUCAUCACAUUAGCAACUUUUCUAGCAGUGAUAACGGCAAAGCGAGCUCGCAAAGCACCAAAGCCAACAGCCACAACGCGCCGCCCAGCGCGCCCGAAAUAAGCAAUCAUGCCACCGCCUUUCACCAGCAACAACAACAGCAGCAGCAUGAGCAACAACAAAGCAUUGCAAAUGAUAAUCGCAACAUCGAUGUUAUUGGCAUGCAACGCGCAAUUAAUGAUCUCGCCUCCAGCUCGGACGAAAGUGGCCGGGCAUCAGAGAUUUUUGCCAACAAAUUUGCUUAUGACGAUGACAUGGGCGAGAUUGACAUGGCGGUUGACGAAGUGGAUGCUGACGCCGAUAUGGAGGCCGAAUUGGUAGGUGCCGAUGCGGAUGAUGGCAAUGACGUUGAUGAUGCAGAUUUAAAUGGCAUCGUUGAGCUGGAUGAAGAGCUAUCGCCGCCCACAACGAGUGCUCUGCAAAGUGAGAUACAUUUAUCAGCUCACGCGGCGGAUGCGCCGCACUUCGAAUACUCGCGCAUGGAGUACAGUUUCAGCAAUGGCAUUGCUACUCAUAGCCUGGUUGGCAGCAAUGACAAUGGACAUGGCCUUGGCCUGGAUGGGAUUGGGUACGGUGACGGCGGUGGUGGCGGUGGCACCAUCAACCUCGAGAACUACGAUAACAUUAUUUAUUCGACAAUGGAGUUGGAAUGUAUGCCAGGGUACGAUGGAGGUCUGCAGCAGCAAUUCUUUCUCGAAGCGUACGAUUCCAAAACGAAGAAGCUGCGCCUAAACACCUCAAGCACCUAUGCUGAUAUACCGAUAUUUCGUAUCGACUUGAGUGAUUUGGCCUCAAUGGACUACUACCCGGAUCCAAAUCCAGCACUGCAUUUGGUCGUUUAUAGCGCCAAUCAGAAAGGUCGUUCGGAGCCAAUUGUUUUGGAGAAUAUUCCCAUAAAUGAAGCGGAAAAGCGAACAGACGGGCGCAUGGCUUCCAUACUACCCCUUGCUGCUCUGCUCACUGGUACCCUCUUCACUGUCGGCGUCGCUGUGCUUUUCGUCGUGGUGAUCGCUGUACGCAAGAGACGAUGUCAGGGAGGGCGUAACCUCUGCGACGACAAAGACAAGCAUUUAGGUAUGGAUGUGACCGUGACCGCGCCACUUGAGACGGGGGCGGGUCACCAGCGUUUGGUCGUGGCGUACACGCUCAAGCAGGGCAUCGAAAAACAACCGGAUAUUUUGAAUGCACAAAAGAGUGCCACCGGCAGCGAUACAUCCUCGCCGCUCGGCAGCAGACCUGGUGGGUUAUACCUCGGCGGCAGCGGUGCGGCGAGUGGCAAUUGCGGUGUUCCGGGGGGUAAAUCAAACUUCACAACUACAGCCAGUACAAAUGCAGUGACUGAUUAUGACGCCUCCACCAUCGGUUACAGCGAUCCCACAAACUCAAACGAUCUUCUCAAUAGCCCACCCUCACAGUCGAGCACGCUAAAACUGGGCACUGACCUCCGUAAAAACUACCAAAGUUCACAGCAGCCACUGCUGUAUGACGCAUUGCCGCUCAAUCGACAUGAUAUCUCACGAUACGACCCGCUUGGUCUCAACUAUGGCGGCAGUAAUAGUACGCUCAAUUCGGCGGGCAGCGCCGGCACUGCCACCAACAACAUGAAUAAUGCACCAUCAAGUGGCGCCACACCGCAAUCAUUAAUGCAGAAUAAUCUCAGCAAUGGGCACUACGUCAAUCAUCACACACUGCCUCACCCAUCUUCCGCAGCCACACACUCGAGCCUCCUUCAUAUGCAACAACAACAACAACAACAGCAGCAGCAACAUCAAUCAACACUGCCAGCUGAUGAGCAACUAUCCAUCGCUGAUUAUCUCGCAGCGAGUAGCUUAAUCGAUUAUAGUUUAAGUAAAGCGGCAACGGGGUUGCCACCCGGCAUGUCGGCCGGCAGCGGGGUUGGCAGUGGGCACAUGACGCUACCCAAAGGUCUCGGCAUAGGUUCCUUACUGGGCGUCGGCGGCGGCGGCAACAGCAACGGAGCGUUGCUAUCACAAAGCUCGCAUCCAGCGAGCAUUACACCAACAGCAACGAUUACACAGAAAACGAAUGCAAAUCGAAAUCAUAUUAUUACGGACACAUUACCGGGUCCCGAGAGUUGUGUUUAAGUCAUAGAGAAUACAUUAUGAUACAUGUAGUUGUAAGACACCCCUAAAUGCAUACACACACUUUGCGCUCUUGGAAAUUAAGAUAUGUUUACAUGUGGAAAUGAAAUGAAAUGUUUGGAAGAACGCUGUCAAUGGCUUUGCAAAGCAAAAAAGUCUGGAGCAAUAGACAAAUUUGUCGAAAAGCUACACCCACAUCGAAACCCAAAUGCAGCUAUACACCAACACAAGAGAAAGAUGCAUGUUUGAUCCAAAUACUUUGUAAAGUAAGGUCUUAUGGGCUUCUAUAUGUGGGCUUAAAAGUGGCUAUCAGUAAAGGAGAAGGGAAAAAAAAGCUGGAACUUUGUUUGUCUCAGUAUUUCAUUACCAAAUACCCAACUUCACUUUAGUUAGAUUUGGUUUAAGUCUCCCGUAGUACGAAGAUAGGGCACGGCACGAAGGUGUGAGUGUGCCUCGCCAUGCUUUAAACAAUGCAACAAUAAUCCAGAAAACACUGUCAACUACUACAAGAGCCGUUACGAUCCCAAAUCUCUGAUUACAAAUUAUCGACAGUUUUCGAGUGACUUUAGCAUUUCUGAUAUUCUGCUACAAAUAAAACACAAAUUUAAUUUUGUUUCGGGGCAUUGACAUCAGUAUAUAAAUACAAAUGGAAAUAUUUUGGGUAACAAUAGCCCACUUUUAAUUGUAGUCUUGCAUUGUCAUCAAACGGGUGCGUUCGCGUAGCGUGCUUUGGGAGGUGGCCAGACAAAGUAAUCGAUAACAACUAAUAUUACAACAAACUCACUAAUUUACCCAAAAUCAAACAAAUUGGGUAUAUUUGGCAUCCUAAGAAUUGUGCGUGUGGGUCCAGGCAGGGGUAGCAAAACUCGUUGAGGAUCGACUGAAAAUUGUGUGCAAAGCAAUGGGAUAUAAAUUAGCAAAAAUAAAUAGACAUAAUGAGAGAAAACAAGAAAAUUGACAGUUGCUUGUAUUGUAAUUACUUUUAAUUUAGUUUCUAAGAGCUGUGUACAUACAUAUAUAUAUAUAUAUACUAGUAAUUAUAGGUAAUGUAGAGAAUGUAAUGCAAGUGUUUGUGAGCAAACCUUAAAAAUGUAAAUAUUGAUCGUGGUGUUCUGGAGAAUGGAGUACCGCAGUAGUCUCCAUAAAUAUAAUUGCUUGGAUGGAAACCUGGCAAAUGCUUGGAAAUGCUGAAUGAAGCAGAGCAAAUCUAGCAAAUAUACACAUUCUAGUUUUACAGUUUUAAAUAUCCAAAACGACGCUCUUCACAAGUUUAAAAUGAAUGUAAUUUUUCAUUCACCUUUGUUAAAGUUUAAAGUUGCAUGCAACAAGAGUAAUACUUCCAGUUACGUAAUUGAAAAUAUAUCGAAUUGCCGAACUUCCUACAAUCUCCUGCCGUAACAGUGAAACAUAUCAAGCAUACAUAUACACAUAAGCUCAUUUACGACAUUACUGACGUAUGUACAUAUCCAACUUAGACGCCAGGGACUGUCUUAUAUAAAUAUUAGCAGUUCCACUUUUGGUCCACUAGGCAACAAUAAGAACUCACAUAUCCACGCAGCGUGCAUAAACAGAACAAUUCGAUUCGAAAAAUUGAAAACGCUCAAAUAUGCAGCGUGCAAAUUCAGCCAGCGCUCAGCCGAGCCCGAUUGACCCGGAAAUCCAAGAAAAUCAGCAUUUACAUCUGCACGUACACAUACAUAUAUAGUUGAUUAUUUUUCCUCUGCUGUGCGCCAGCAAUGCCAAGUGUUAUCAACACAACCGCAGCAAUCAUACCGUCAUGAGUACACACACACAUGCACAUGCAUAUGCACAAAGUUGCCACCAUCGCCAUCUGCAUAAAGGCACACACACACUGAAAUACAGCACUAACACACCAGCAUAUAUGCGUAUGAAUAUAUGUGUGUAUGUAGAUAUGUGUGUAUGUGUGCUAUAGUUAAGGAUUUACGAAAUUGCUCUGCAAAAUGCGUCAAAUCGUUUGUCUUUCCCCCUCUGCCUCGGCGCGGGUAUGCAAACAGGUAGUGGGUAUGUAUGUAUGAGGUGUGCUGGGUGCAGGCUCCAGUAAAAUUUUAUACCAACAAUAAAAGAACUUUAAAAACACAUUACCAUCAUUCCGAAAGUUAUAUUGGACACGUUCAAUAUUUUAUGUAUUUCUUUCUGUUUUUACAAUACGCGCGCACUUCGGCUAUAAUACAAUUGCAUUUUUAUCUUUGUUGUAAUCGAAAACUCUCUAAUGCGCACAUUGCCAAUACACCCUGCAGGGAUGUUCAGCCGUUUUGAAAUUCUUCAUUCUCUCGGACUAUAGUCUUCUCUAAGCGAGACAUUAAAAAUUCGGAGUCGCUGACUGUCAUCAUCAUUAAAGCUGAGUAGUUUCUUAGCUGGGAUUCCACAUUUGAUCUCUAAAGAAUCAUCCGAGGUCGCAUAAAAGCUGCAACAGUGAAGCCCUUUGACGGAGUAUUAACUUUAUUCAACUAAUACCUUAUUUAACUAUUACCCAAAAUUUUCAGCAACGGAAUCAAAUACAAAAAUAUCAAAAUUUCAAAGAUAAGUCCACAAACCCUAAAAAAUUAUUGCGAAGCUAUUGCGUUGACAUUAAGCAAUCCGUCGUUUGAGCACAGAAAAUAACAACGAAAAGCACCAAAUGUUAAAUUUUCAACAGUUGAGAUUUAGCCUUCGCCUUAUCUGCCGUUUGGUUGCCAUCACCAAGGUACACCUACUACUAAAUAUUAUCAUAAGAUAACUGUUAUUUUAAAUGUGAAAACACACAUUAAUCCCGUGAGGCGAUCGUAUAGAAAAUUUACAUUACUCUUCCUCAACAUUUCCAGGCAAUAAGUUCGCAAUAAAGAACUUCACAAAAGUAAUAUAGCAAUUACAAGAGCUCUGCUACAAUAACAAUAUAAAAGCUCGAUAGGAAGUUGUUGAGUGCAGCGCAAAAGUUUUCCACUCUCCAUAAGCGUGAGCAGAGCGUCUGAGGUGUGAGGGUUGUCAUGAGCAGAAUAUAGAAGUGCCGGAAAAUGACAAUAUGACGACAGUGAAUGGAAAACUUUUUAAUAUUCGUGUGCAAUGAUUUAUGAAUAUAUAUUUACAUGUAUACAUAUGUAUAUAUAAGUAAUAAUCAUAUACUUCCAUAUGUAUAUUGUGAUAUAUAGAUGUUCAAUGCUGUGCAAAUUGCGCCAUGUAAGCUAGUUUGGUGAAAUACUCCAGCAGAAGCUGUUUAAGCAAACCCUCAAAUGGGUUAACCACUCAAAAUGGCGGUUUUUCGAGUUACAGUCCUUCCCUACAAUAUUGGACGGUGUAAUUAACCAGUUUAUUUAAUUUUAAUUCAGACUGAAUAAAAAUACUUUACAUUUUCAAAUAAUCAAAAAAAUUAUGAUGAGAUAAGCACUAGAAGCUGAAGUUUCUUAGUAACAAGAUAACCUGUUAACUUUAAUACCCUUCACAAUUACAAAAUAUUCCAACAAGAACUUUGAUUGGUCGGUUUGUAUGGCAGCUAUAUGCUAUAGUGGUCCGAUAUUGACGGUUCCGAAAAUGAGCAGCUUCUUUGGAAGAAAAGUGUAAAAUUUCCGACCAAAAUCUCAAAAAUCCUUCAGGUUUCGCGUAUAAACUGACAGAAGGACGAUCGCGGCUAGAAUCUGCUCGUCUCUCCUCGUAAUGCUGAUCAUUUAUGUAUAUAUGUAUGUAUUUUAUCCGAUCACCGACGCUUCAUUCUGAGUUUUACAAGCUUUGUAGCGAACUUAAUUUACCUUAUUGAGUGUUCAAUAAUAGCAAAGAGGAAAACCUUAAAACGUCUAAUUUUAGGAGAACUUUCACAUAUCAAGAUAUAUUCGAGCAAUUUGAACCAUAUAUACAAAAGUCCACAUAUGACGACUCGUCGCCGUUUGAAAGUCACUUCCAAUAGAACAAAUUCUUGAAUGGCAUAUGACUAUUUUAUCUAGCAAUAGGACAUUUAUGAAUCAAUACAUCGUAAUAAACACAUUUGUGAAUGUUGUGUGCGAACUCAAGACUUAUGAUCUUCCACUCUUUUUAAACUGAAAGCACUGACUGAACCAACCAAAUAUAUCAUUAAAUUACUAAGAUUAUUUAUCACAUAUCUAUACCAUGUAAUACCAUGUAACUGUUCAUAUCCUAAAUAUAAUAUCAUACAUAUAUUUAUUUUUUUUAUAUUAUUUUCCCGUUAAUUAAUUAACUUAUUUUAUGAAAACAAAGAGUAACCGAUACAUUAUUAUAUUGAAAUUUCAAAACAAACAAAAAAAAAAUCGAUUUCGAGCUGUACAUUUCGAACUUAUUGUAAAUGCUAGACUAUACAUGAUUAACUAUUUAAGUGUUAGCGAGAGUUUAAGGUUAGGUAUAAAUAUGUAAAUGUAUCAUAUGUAAUCGUACUUGCAUGUAAUUAUAAGGGGACACACACCCAUACACAAUAAAAAAAAUAGAAAAUUUACUGACCAAAACAGUUGGCAUAGCAAAUGACAUUGUAUUGUUAGUGUAAAAAGGUUUAGAAGCAGAGUUUUAAAGUGAGACAAUGAUCAAUAGAACAUAAAUACAUACAUAUGUAUGUAUGUAUCCAUUACUAUCCAUAUAUAAUAUAUUCAAGUGAAUAUCUAGCAUAGAAGAUGAAUAAUUAGACAGUUAGACUUAUUAGAAAUAAUUUAUGUAAGUAUGUAAUAGCCGAACUUUGAAAGGAAUGCUACAAGACAAGAACUACAAUUAGGUGAAUUCAUACAAGUACAUAGACAUUUGCAAAAACACAAGAAUAAUUUAAAUGAAAACACAGAGGUUAAGUAACUGUAAAAAAUAGUAAAAGAAUAAGAGUCCUCUGUAAAAAUGCUUAAAUUAUUUGUGAUAAAGAUAAAGGAGUAGAUAAAAUAUAAAUAUUAUUAUAUAUACAUACAUAUAUACAGACGUAUCAUGUAUAAGGCAGUUUAGAGAUAAUGGAGCAUUAAGCAAAUAUAUACAGAACUUAUUGAAUUAUGUAUGGAACUUGCAAAACUCGAGCGCAGACCCCAGUAUUCUGCUCUACUACAAUGAAAUGAUAAUGCAAUGAAUAGAAUAAUAAAGAAAUUAAUUCUUAUUUGAAAAUGCCGA